AGAACGAGCGUGGAGCGCAGGUGCAGCGAGUGGUCCGUCCAAUAUUAUCUUCCCCCCACCGGUGUGAGUUCGUUGCAUCGGCGCGACAGCGGGUAAAACGGGAAUUAAAAAACAGAACUCUAAAAAAUGAUUUUUUUAUAUUGAGUUUUGGUCACAGCAGUUGAAAUGGGAACAGAGGAGGGUGGUAAAGAAGAGUCUGUGGAGCUGUUCUGUCCAAGUGAAGAGGAAAUUGAGAGGUGGAUGGCCAGAGCUUUUGACAUGGCCAAAGAAGCUCUGGAGAAUGGAGAGGUGCCUGUCGGAUGUCUCAUGGUCUACAAAGACGAAGUUGUGGGGAAGGGAAGGAAUGAAGUCAAUGAGACUAAAAAUGCCACUCGGCACGCUGAGAUGGUCGCUCUGGAUCAGGUCCUGGACUGGUGUUGGCGUAGCAGCUUGGACGUGAAGAGCGUGUGCGAGCGGAUAGCGCUGUACGUCACCGUGGAGCCGUGCAUAAUGUGUGCUGCAGCGCUGCGCCUCCUCAACAUCCCCGUGGUCGUGUACGGCUGCAGGAACGAGCGCUUCGGAGGCUGCGGCUCAGUCCUGGAUGUCUCCUCUGCAGACCUGCCUCACACUGGGACCCAGUUCAAGUGUAUUUCAGGUCACAGAGCAGAGGAAGCUAUAGACAUGCUGAAGACUUUCUACAAACAGGAGAAUCCAAAUGCCCCCAAACCCAAAACAAGGAAGGAGUGAUCUCCCAAGAAACAUCCUAUUACAAGUUUUUAAUAUUUUUGUGUGGAUUUUUUUAUAAUAUUAUUAAUUAAAUUAUAUUUUACAUACAUUUUUGUAUAUUGCUUUUUUUUACUAUUUGUCUAACCUUUUUUUUACCCAUUAAUAUGACAUUAAUAAAAGACAUAUCUAUUUACAGUUAUAAUUUAGCAUUAGUGUUUCUGUUCAUGCAGACUGCCACCAGAGGGCGCUAUAGACCAGCGGUUUUCCUGUCACUGAACCUCCACAUAGCAGAAAUUAAACUUUAGUCUUUGGAGUAAUAAAUACUGUAUUUAAAAGAAAUUUAUGUUAUUUUCCAAAACUAAAGGCUCAAGAAUGACAAUAACAAAUGAUUUUUAGAAAGGAGGAGGCAAAUCUUCACUGGAUGUUGUGCGGGUGAACUUUACACGCUCUUUUCUCUGUCUUGCGUAUUGAUUUGUAUAGUUUAGAAGCACACUCUUGGCCUGCUUCAUCUGUAAAUGUGAUGCAUACCACUUCCUGUGAUAUUUUUCCGAGAACGAGUCAGGCAGUGUGAGAAACUAAGGAAGUGUGCGUGUGCCUGAGAGCGCUUCUCAACGGGAGUGACCUUCACAGCUGCUCGUAUAACAGAAACACACAUGCUGACACAAUUUAGCUCGUUUCACUUCCUCUCAGACACACACACACACUCUGUGGUGUGUCAGUUGGUAGCAUUAGCAGUUAGGUUGUAUUGACAGUGUCUGCGUGUGCGUUGCUGGGUAUGUGUGUCUGUUUCAUGUGUCCUGCUGCUUUUAUUCCUCCUUCUGGCUCCAACAAAGGGAUUGAUGGAAUUUAAACUUUUUUGCACUUUCUUUUACUCUUUGUCUUUUCAAGGUUGUCACCACUUCCUUCCUGUCUCCUUCCUUCCUUUUUGUGGCUGAUAACUUCCUUCCUUCCUUCUCCACUUCCGUCCUUUUAUUUGUUAAUUUCCCACUCCCCUUCUUUUCCAUAAUUUUGUACAAGUAGUUUUUUGUCUUAAAACUUUCUUCUGCUUACUGUCCUUUUACUGCUUUUGACUUUUUUAAUUUUCCACUCUCACUUUUUCCUAUCUUAAAGUAGAAAGUUAUUUUAUGUCACUGCAUAAUAAAAUAAUAAUAAUGAUGAAACAGGAUAACAUUGUGCGAACACGAUCAAGCUGCAUAUAAUACACCUGCUAAUUAGCACUAUGUAAUAGACUAAGUGCUACAUUUUAAUCACUAAAACUGAAGCACAAACUUAUUGAAGCUCAAAGCAGGACAUGUUAUUUGUCACAUAGUAAUUCCAUUAAAAAUGCACCAAAAGCAUAAAUGUGACGUCCAGAUCAGCGACUCUCUUUAGAUAGUAAGAGUUAUAAACCUUAGUAGUGAGGCUUAGCAGACAGCUAGGAGCUAUAGCUUUGUGUCGGCAUACUUGUCAAGCCUUAAAAUCCAAAAUGUGUGAGUUAUUAAAGAUACAGGCAGUAUAUAUUCUUUUCAAUGCUGUUGGAUAAUUUAACGUGGGAGUGAUUUAUUGGGAGUGAAUCUUUUUUUUUUUUUAACCAGGCUUCAAAUGGUCAUUUAUGGAACUGCAGUGUUUGGCAAUUUAUUUUUUCAGACACGUUUUUAGACAUAUUAAUAAUUAUAUUAAUGAUUCUCAGCGUAAAUGUAACAGAUCCAAAUUUUGUUCAUCAGAACUGAAACUAAACAUUUUGUUGACUGUGUUAGUCAAACAAAUUGCUCAUCAAUAAUCUAAUAUUCCAUAACAAUUAUAUAUACUGUAUAAUAUAUAUAAUUACAAAUACAAUAAAUAUGAUUGUGUAUUGAAUGUAUAAAUAUAUGUAAUACUUGUCUGUUGGCAGCCAUGUCUC